UUGAAAGGCACGGCAUGGCGUCUCUCGUGUAUGGUGGUCACACAGUCGCCGACAUGCGAGUGGCCGACCUUCGCAAAGAGCUAAGCGACCGCGGUCUUGACAAAACCGGCAACAAGGCUGUUCUCGUUGUACGUUUUGCCAAGGCACUGGCUGCAGAGGGGGCAAUUGAGUUGAAGGAGAGCGAUAUCGAGUCGCUUGAGGCGUUAGGAAGUCCGAAAGGUGGAAGAACCACGCCGAGAACGAGAAGCAAGAAUCCGAAAGACGCGGGCGGAGACAGUGGAAGGACAGAGCAGGAAACACAAACAAGACGCCAAGCUGCAGCUGACAAAGAGCAAGCCGUUCAUGCCAAGAAUGAAGUCGUAGAUCAAGAAGACAACCUUUCUGAAGUAAUUCUCGUGGAAGAAGAUGGAGGCAAAGUGCCAUCAUUGUCUAGUGACAAUGCUAACAGAAGACGGUUAAGAUCCAGCAGUGAGCCAACAGAGAAUAGAGAAAGAGUCAAGAGAGAACAAGAGGCAAAUGCGUCCCGGUUGACUGGCUUACGUUAUGAAUUGAGAUGCGAAAGUCCAGAGUCUGAAUUUAGAGAAUCAAACUUAGUUAUCGACGAAGACUACGCCGAGAUGAAAUCUGAAGACAUGGAUGACAUUAUCAUGCAUGGUGAAGACGUUCUCGUUGAAGUUGCCGAGGGAAUAGAAAGCGAGCACAUGGAGUAUGAAGAUGGAAGUUCCGAACAAGUUAUUCUAGUUGAGGAACCGUCUGCUCGAGAUUUCACAGUUGACCCAUCAACACAAACUCAAGAAGAUGACACACCACCUGGAACACCUGAAGAAGGCCCAGAAUCUCACACCUCACUUUUCUCCUAUGAAUCAACAAAACCAGAUGAAUUGGCUGGAGCAACAGCAUCAGAAAAGAAGGCCAGAGAUGAAGAUUCCAAGCGUAGUUCAUUGAUCAUGAACAGUGCCCUUGAACAAGAGAUUUCCGAGAUGGAGCAAUUAGAUUUUGAAGAAGAUCAUCUCCUUAUCUAUCCAGGAGCAGAUGAGAAAUAUGCCUUAAAUCCCAAAAUUGAAGAUGAAGAGACAGGAGAUGAGAUGGAAGCAGUUACAGCAGAGAAUACGAAGGCCAGAAGUGGAAGCAAAGAAAUCGCCGUCAGUGCUGAAAGCGGGAAUCAAGUGAAAGCGAAAAAACAAGCAGGUAAGUCACCCAGUAGCAAGGGUCUUGUGGUGAUGAAGAAAUCAGAAGCUACUUCGACAGAGAAGACGACCGGGGUUGAUCUGGCUGCAAAACAUGGAUGUUCGUUGUGGGUGAGGAAUAUUGCCACCACAACAAGGGCGAAUGACUUGAAGGCACACUUCAGUCAGUUUGGAGUGGUGCUAUCGGCAAAGAUAGUGGCUCAUCCUAAGAAUCGAGAGAAGCACUAUGGCAUUCUGACAAUGAAGGAAGCAGCUGAUGCGACGAAGUGUAUUCAGAGCCUUCAUAGGACUGAACUGCAUGGUCGUCUGAUUUUGGUAGAAAAGGGUAAACUGGAUACCAACAAGAUUAUUGCCGGUGCAGUGCAAAAGCCAGCUACGAACACGAAAUCAGGAACCUCUUCGACACAAAACCUGAGCAGUACUAGCGCCCAAAGAAACACAAGGAGAUCUACUACUACUCGUAGACCUCUUCCAAAGAAAAAGCCAUUUGGAGCAAAGCCAGCUCCUCGGUCGUCUCGCUCUAAGCCGUCUCCAGUCCACCCUCCUGCAGGUCAGUCUCGUUCUUCGUCGAGACCCGAUAGGAUCGUUGAGUUGAGCGACGCUCGAGACGAGAAGCAAUUGUCGAGGACUUCAACACGACGUAGCCGACAUGUUGAAAGAGAUCGUACAGAACGAAGAAGACACAGCAGUCUUGAUGCUGAUCGAGAUCGGAUCAGAGAACCUGACUUGAGGGAGCGACUUGGCCCACCUGUGAGACCACAACCUGUCUCUAUUAGAGAUCGGCUGGGGCCUCCAAUUCAGAUGGAGCGACGUCCACUUUUUGAUCCGGAAGAAGAUGAAAGAUUGAGGUUGGCUCGAGAGAGACGUUUCAUUGAAGAACGUGCGAGACAGCGAGAAGCCAGAGAGGUUGAGAGGAGAGAGUUUGAAAGACAGAAGGAAAAGGAAAAACGAGAAGUGCAGAGAGAAUUGGAGAGACGAGAAGCUGAGCGACAACGAGAGCUAGAUCGUCAACGAGAGCACGAACUGCAGAAACGACGAGAGAUUGAACGACGGGAAAUGGAACGCGAGCGGCAAAGAGAACGAGAGAAGUUGAAGCAACUAGAACGAGAGAGGGAAAGAGAACGAGAAAAAAUCAAGGAACUGGAAAGACAACGACGGCAACAAGAAGAGGAGCGUGAACGUCUCCAACGGGAACGAGAGAUUCGAGAACUUGCUGCCGAGAAGGAGCGUCUUCGUGCGAAGCAGGAGAGUGUUCGACGAGCUGCCACCAAAGCAAGACGUGAACGAGAGCGCAUGGAGCGUGAGAUGGAAAUCUCCUUGCAGCGAGAGAGAGAAAGGGAGCGUGAAAGGGAGUGGGAAAUGAGGAGGAAACGAGGCCCAACCAACUCUGUCGCGAUGGGAUUUGAGCCCGAGAGGAAGCGAGUGGCACGAAACGAAUGGAGCAGAGCUGAGCAAGCCGAUCAACACAUGAGGAACGUGAGACAAGUCGAAGACAUCUCACCCCCACACCAUCCUCCCGGGGCGUAUUACGAAUCCGAUCAUCCUCCCAGAAUGAAAGGUGCACCGUCUGGUCGCUCUCGUUGGCCACAUGGCCACGGCAACCAGGCAACCCAAGGCAAUCUCUUUGAAGAGAUCACUCAGAAUCAACUCGACUUGUUGGGCAAGAUUGCCAGCAGAGAACAAAUCGAGGAGCAACAGGCGCAGUCAUAUGAUGCUCCCCCGGCCGAAGAGAGCACCUCGUUUGAGAUGAAUGUGCAGCCAAAGUUUGGCGGUACAGGAAUUACGGGUCUCGAUCCUAUCACACUGAAACGUCUAGCAAAUGCAGCACACGGGAUGCAUGGCAGGGAUCCAGCAGCUGUGGCCGCUUUAGCCGCACUUCAGCAAUCGGGAGGUGGGAGAGCAGAGGGAGGAACCAGGGGAGGCGGGAGAGGAGGAGGAGCAGUGGCAGCAGUAGGAGGAGGAGGCAGAGGCAGAGGCAGAGAAGCUGUCAAGAAGAGGGUUGCUCCAGCAAUUGAAAGGAAGACAGAGAAGAAAGCAACCACCGCUAAGCCAGUAGCAAAGAAAGAUUUUGGUGGCCCACCGAGGCCGGCGCAGAGAUCGACCGUUUCAGUUACUCAAAGAGGACGAGGACCGCCACCUCCUCCAUCUCACGCACCAGGAGCCAAUCCAAAAUCGGCAUCAGAACUCGCAUUGUUCGCACAACAAAUGAUGAAGACGGACACGCCACGUUACAACAUGGGUGCAGCCCCAUUCCCUCAUCCUGCCGCCAUGAUAAGACCCCACCCGGCAAUGGCACUGACUCGUUUCACAUCUCCGUUUGGAAUGCGACCGAUGAUGCGGCCCGGGAUGCAUCCAAUGGCUCGCAUGCCCGGACACGACAGGUUCAAUCCCGCAGGAUACCAACAUCAAAUGUAACAUGUCUGCGCGGUUAGAGACCGAAACAGUUCUUGUUGUCUUCGUUGUCAUUGAUUUUGUUGAUAUUGAUAGUCAAGUGUUCGAAGGUCAUGUGCAGUGAAUAGGACAUGUUAGGCGUAAAUUGUUCCUAGCGAACUUGUAUGGAAGCCGCCACAGUAGACGUUCCAGUUCAAAAUGAGCUCAAUGCACUUUGUUGUUCGAUUGGG